CCAAAGUCAAAAUGAUAGGUGAAAAUUCAAAUAAUUUUUUAUUGUUUUUUUGUAUAUUUUUAUUUUUAAUCUUCCAUUCUUUAUCAUGAUGAAAACUGGAGACGAAGAAAUGCGCAUGUUGCAACUUGAUAAACCCGGAUUAGGAAAAUCUGUGACAGAACUUCAAAAACACUCCAUAGACGAGGCAAUGUUUGAACAUAAACCCAUAGACAGAGGCCUAUAUAUUGUCAGCAAAGGUGACGAAUUACAAAAACUCAGCGUCAUCGGGUCUCUGCCCGAACUACUAAAAUAUGACCAAAAAGGCACAGUAUCAAAAAUCAUCCCGAAAAUCCAACAGGAACUCCCCAAUUCCUCCUCAGAAUUCAACUUAGCCGUCAGCAGAAUGUUCAACAUCUUAAUCCACAUGGACAUACCUGUCAAUCUUGUGCCACAAAUAUUACAAGGCAUCGAAAACCGGGAUCCCAUUAUAGCAAACGCCUGGAUGGAAACUUUGCUUGAAGUAAUUCCAGUCCUAAAAGAAGCAGUGGUCAAAAACGAAAUACUUAGAUGUGCAAUUUCAAAGGCCCAACUAUCGAAACCUGCUUAUUAUAGAGUUUCUAGUUGUAGAAUUUUGGGCAAAAUAUCUUUGCAUAAAUGCAUGAAUCCUUUCGAAGUCAAAAAAGAUGUUUUACCAUUGGUACAAAGCUUAUGUCAGGAUUGUUUUCACGAAGUCCGUGCAGCAAUGUGCAAAGAAUUACCUGGAGUAGCUCAAGGCCUUUACAAUCUUGGUGAUGCUAUUGUUAAAGUCAAUUUGCUUCCGUUGCUAGUUGAACUAUCAGCUGACGAAAACGUUUAUGUCAGGUCAAUUGCCAUAGAGUCAGUAGUUGCUAUAAUACCGUAUUUGAGUCCUGAAACUAUUAAAGGCACCAUAGUACCUUUAACAAAAAAGCUGUGUACUAAAAGUGCUGCAGAAGGGGAUACAACUUAUAUUGCAAUGGCUAGCGUUUUUAAUAUGCUGAUAGCUAAUUUGCUGCCUCAAAUGACUCCCAGUGAUGGCAUGUGGUUUUUGGAUUAUUACAAUCAUAUUUGUAAAAAAGGACAGUCUACUAUUGAAGAUGUUGAUACAGAUCCUUCUGUGUGUAUGAUGUGUAGAGAAAAUUGCGCUUUAUGUCUUCCAGUAGUAGCUACAAUGGUGUAUGCCCAAAUUCCCAGCGAAAUAAGUGUCAAAUUUUACCAUACGUUUAGGGCUUUGGCAGCUGAUCCUUGUUAUAUUGUUAGAAAAGCUGUUGCCAGUUGUUUUGCUGAUGUUGUCAGGAUUUUAGGACAUUCAAACAAAAUAGUUAUAAUUGAUUUUACAAAACUAUUACGGGACGAAGAUGAGGAAGUUUUACACGCACUAAUACCAAAUAUUGCCAGUAUUUUGGAGUCUUUUACAUAUGUUGGGGUGUUGCAAAGAGAUACAAUAUUCCAAGCAACCUCAGACAUUUGCAGGGCAAUGCAAAAAUGUCACGAAGACGCUUUCAAAACAAACGACUGGCGUAUGAAAGAAUGCUCUUUGAGACAAUGGGAGUUUUUGCCUAAUAGUUUUCCAUCUGAUUUUAUUCACCAGCAUUUUUCCACUAUGGUCCUAAAUGCCGCUAUACAUGGUAAAGCAAAACCUGUCCGUUCUCAAGCAACACGCACCCUUUUAAUAAUUCUCAAAUAUAGUUUAAAAGAAAAUCACCGCAAAUGGAUCAGAGAAAUGAUUCAGACUCAGCUAUGUAACGCAGAAUGUUGCUAUUCAAGACAAAUGUAUGUAACCUUAUGCAUACAUGCUUUGGAUAUUUUCAGCUGGAAAUAUUUCAAAGAAUACUUUUAUUUGCCUCUAUUGAAUUUAUCUGAAGAUCCUGUAAGCAUUGUCCGGUUGUGCAUGGUCAAAUUGUGUCCGGUUUUAAAGCAAAUGCUCAAUUUCCCGUCUGAUAGAGCCUUACAGUUGCGGCUCGAAAAUAUUUUAUCGAAAAUGGAAAUGACUGAGUGUGAUAAGGAUGUUAUUAUGACUCUUAAGCAAAAGUUGAAGGAAAUGAGGUGUAUGAGGUCGGUGGAUUCGGAAGUUUUGGUCGAAGAUCGACGUAAGGCUGAUGAGGAGGAAAAGAUUUUGAAAGGCAAAUGGACUUUGGUUAAAGUUAUGCCUAUUGGAGGAGUUAAAGAAGAAAAGGCCGCAAUGAUACCGUCAAAACAAAACUCGGGCAAAAUCCCCACCAAACGCCUAGCGGACGGUACCACAAGUCCGAUGCCAUUUUUGGACCGCCAUUUUUACACUGACGCCGGGGUAUCUUUGCCAAUCAAUUGUCCUAAAACAAAAUCCCCAACCUUGAAAACUUCCAAGGAAGUUUCCAAACUGAUAACUUCGGCUGAACAUUUGACUUCUUGGCUCGACAAUAUUAGCAUUACAGAUGAAGUUAAUGUGGAAACAAAUAUGACUGACGAGUUAAAGGCCAGAAUAAGGCCUAAUAAAAAUAAUACACAACAAAAUGUUGUUAAAAGAAGGAGCCUGAAUAUGAGUAGUAGUAGUAAGAUUCCGGUUGUUAACAGGUUGUCAUACCAUGAAAAAUCCAAAUCUGAACAAAGUUUGGAUAAGCAAAAGUGCAAUAAUAAUAAUAAAGAAUCCAAAAUACCUUUGACGUUUAAAAGGUAUUCUGCUUCUCAGGAAAAUAUAAGUGCCAAAUUUAACUCAGGAUUGUCUUUGACUAGAAGACGGACCUACUAUAAGUAAAAGUAUUAAUCAGUAUUUUGUUAUUUGUUAGGGAUUUUUUUUUUAUAUAUAUAUUAUAUUUAUAUUAUUAUUAUACCUAUUGCUCUCUAUA